UUCAAAAUGGCGGCGCGAAAGUGUGUUUUGUUGCUCGUGACAUGUCUUGCUGCUUGUUUCGGGGAGACUGGGGCCCAGAAAACCUUCGUUCCCCUGGUUAUCAAUACCUGGGGAUUCAUGAACGCCACAGAGAAAGCCUGGACAGCCCUGAGUAAUGGUGGCUCAGUCCUGGAUGCUGUGGAGAAAGGCUGUACUGAGUGUGAGGCAGAACAGUGUGACUUCACUGUCGGAUAUGGAGGAAGCCCUGAUGAACAUGGAGAAACAACAUUAGAUGCUCUCAUCAUGGAUGGGACAAGUCUUGAUGUUGGAGCGGUCGCUGAUUUACGCAGAGUGAAGAAUGCCAUCUCUGUUGCCCGCAACGUGAUGGAGCAUACCACUCACACCAUGCUCGUGGGGGAGCAAGCUACAGCCUUUGCAAUAGAGAUGGGUUUUGCGGAGACUGACCUGCACACACACAGGUCCAUUGAACAGUGGAUAGCAUGGAUUAACAAGAAAUGUCAGCCUAACUACAGAAAGAACGUCUCACCAGACCCCAGUAAGUCCUGUGGACCUUACAAGCCUCUCAACACUGAUAACUUGAAGGAAAUGCCACGCUACAGCCCCCACUCUGAUGAAUAUGACCAUGACACUAUUGGAAUGAUAGUGAUAGGUGCCAAUGGGACGGCAGGUGGAUCCUCCACCAAUGGAGCCCUGCACAAAGUACCUGGUCGAGUGGGAGAUGCUCCCAUUGCAGGAGCGGGGGUGUACGUUGACAGUGAAGUUGGAGGGGCAGCAGGGACAGGUGAUGGGGACAUCACCAUGAGAUUUCUACCCAGUUACCAAGCAGUAGAGUACAUGCGUGGUGGGAUGGCGCCUGCAAAGGCCUGCCAGCUGGCCCUGAGUAGAAUAGGCAAGAAGUACCCAAACUACCACGGUGCUCUGGUGUGUGCCAACAUCAAGGGGGAGUAUGGUGCCGCCUGCCACUGGCCUGGGCUGGACAAGUUUCCCUACUCCAUUCGGAACCCCACUGUCAAGUCCACCACUGUGGAACUAGUGGACUGCCAACAGUAGUAAGACCAUAUAUAUAUACAGUGGGUAGCUCCUGCACUGACAAUGGUGUGGGCUGGUAACACAUGGAUUUAACUUUGAACAACUUAGCUUAAUGCAUACCCUGGAGCUGUGGAGCAUAGUUGUGGAUUAUUGGACUGGAACAUUAUUGUCAGCUUACUACUUCAGUGAAACAUACGAUUACAACUAGAACCAGUAUACCAGAAUGCCAUUUUUGAAGCUUAUAUACAUGAGUAAGUAAGUUAUAUGCAGUGCUGCCCAUUUGACCAUCUUCAAAUGUUUCUUUGAACCUUGACUGACUUCAAUGUAGUAGUAUACUAGAUGCUAUGCACUAACAUAUAUCUUAAAGUACAUGAAUUACUGCAAUAGAGCCAUGAAUGAAAAAGAUGCGCAAGCUCACCAGACAGUUUUUUUAUUGAUUGAUGUCUUCUUUAAUGGAUAUUAUUGCAGCUGUACAAGCAAUAAGACAUCAUUGGAUUAUAAUACAAUAUACAAGCACAU